GUUCAUCAUCAUUGAAGGCAUUCAGAGGGAUCAGAUGUACCUCCUCAACCUGCUCAGAUACCUGAGGCCACUCCUAGGCCAGGCAUGCAGCCAGAGACGUCUCAUAGGACACAGGGUCAGGGACAGGAUGAGGAUCAGGCUGCGAGAGAGAAGGAACAGGACAAGGAAGAGAGAGCAGCAAUAGAGAGAGAAAUCAGAGUCCAAAUCAGACUCAAGAACAUGGCGGAGCUGCACGAGAAAGUUGAGCAGGGAGAGCAGCCUGUGGUACUAGAAGACAGAGAGGGGAAUGGCUCACCCACUCAAGACGAUGAGACUCCUUUUUUCACGGAGGCUUGGGACAACUUUGAUAAGUUGUUGGAGGCAACAGGGAGGUCCAGGGAGCAGCAUCAAGAGAUGGGGGUUAAGCUGGUGUCUACAGACUUGAUUAGCCUGAAGGGCCUUAUGAAGGAGGGCUUUGCGACGGCCAAGACUUCUGAUGAAAAGAUGGAGAAGAGGUUGACAAGGGUGGCGCGGGCGUCUCAUGAGCAGAAAAUGGACUGGCAGAAAGAAAUUGGUGAUCUCAAGAAGGAGUUUGAGGGACAGGACAAGAAGAUGGAAGCCAUAAAGACUGAGGUGGAGAAGGCGUGGGCAGGCAACGAGGCCAUCAGACAGGUCAACCAGACCCUCAACAAAGUCAAUGACACCCUGAGGACCUACUUGCAGGUACAACGUAAUAUUUUUCAGGCAAAGGAAGCCAAGUGGGAGAAAAGGAUAGAGGAUCUUGAGGCCAAAUGUGUACAACAGACGCCGACUACGGUGGUGGAUUGGACAGAGGUCCAGGGGCUUAAGAUCAGGAAGCAGCCUGCAGAGGAGGCCUUCAAGUGUCAGAAGGUGGAAGAGAGGGCAAACGAGCAGAAGGAUGAGGAAAUCCCCCUGCUAGAUAAGGAGAUGUUACAGCCUAAGGAGGCUCUAGCAGGGACGGGGUCAGAGACUGGGGGGUUUGAGUGGAGGAUGCCCACAGUCUUGGCACAUGAGGCGAGGCCACCAGCAGAGGAUGCGAUGGAUGAGGCUGCACUUCCCAUGACUCAGGGGGAGACUGUGGGGCGACAGAAGGUUCAGGAGAGUGUGGGACAGGCCAUGGCGGAGGCUGAGGAGAGGGAGGAGCGGGAGGUCUCUUAGAAGACCCCACCACCUCAGGAUAUGCCUCUGGUUGCAGGUCUGGAGGAUGCACUGGGAUCUU